UAGGAGCAUUUCAGUUGAGCCUAUUCUGCCCUGGUUCGUGUUUGCUGCGGUGACACGGUGCCGCACUGAGUGAAGAUUGCGUUUAUAAUCACUUAUCGGUGGAGUGGGAAAAGGAGAGUCAGGAAGUGAGGAUAUUUAUAUUAUUUGACAUAUUAUUUGAUAGCAUGUCAACUUUUGUGUGUGUGUGUGUGGGUGGGUGUUGGAUCAGUGACAGGUGGCGCUGGGGAGUUACCACGGCGAGCGGCUGGCUGGCUGCAGUGUUUUGGUCAGCACUGGUCAAUCUUGCCCUACACGCUCUAUUAACUAGUGUUUCCGUCUUCCCGACACCUUCUUCCUGCACCAAGCACCGUCAAGCAUCACCAGAGAGGCACGAGUACGUAAGCUAUCCAACAUCAAAACAGUAUAUGAAUAUGGCAAAUGCUGUUUUGACAUCAUUUCCUGCUAUCCUGAGAAACAGUAAUCUCGAGGAGCAUGAAUUGCAGAUGCAAUGGAAAUUGCGCAUCCAGCGCAAGUUUCAGAAUUCAAGAAAGAGGCAGGAUUCCUCAGUAACUGAGGUGACGUCAAGGAAAAAGAAGAUCCCUUGCAUAGCGCCAAAAGAGACUACGUGUCCACUGAUGUAUGGAGUAAAGGCUUACCUUCCACCAAGGCCCCAUUCGGAAGAUGAUGAGUCAUUAGAGAGACAUAGACAGUGGCCUGCUCUACAUUGGAUGAAGAAAGAUCCCGAGUUAGAUAAGAUAAUCAAGGAGUUCCUGAGAUUAGAACCACAAGUGGAUGAACCAGACCCAAGAGUAGCAGUUUUGAAAGGGUUGGAGAAAUAUAGGCUCCCAAUAAUUGCCAUUCUCAAAAAAAGAAAAGCAGUUCCUCUGUAUAUGGAAACCUUACUUGAACUCUAUGACCACUAUGAAAGUCAAUGCGAGUAAUGUCUAGUUCAAUUUGUUCAUUUCAGUAGCUGGUAGCAAUUUAAUAUAUGUAUCUUUUCAUCAUUAGCAAUGCAUCUUUCACUUUUAUAAGCUUAGUAUUCAUGAAACUAUGCUGCAUGCAAAAACCAAACAUUGUAUUAAGCAUGACUUAUCUAACUGUAAUGCUUGCACCAAUUUCUAUAAAGGUACAAAUUUAAUUGUUAAAUUCCUGCUCUUCUAUCAAAUUUUUGGCUGAGUGCUAUGGCUAAAUAAUUGUUUGCAGCAUAAGUGAUGUUAAAGAUUUUAAUAUGUGUAAAGCAUCUCUCUCUCUCUCUCUCUCUCUCUCUCUCUCUCUCUCUCUCUCUCUCUCUCUCUCUCUCUCUCUCUCUCGUAAGGAAAGACAUUAUUUCUAGUGUAAAUAAACCCAAUAGGCUGUCCAAUUUGAAAUUUAAAAUGUAAAUAUUAUCAAUCUUUUUAGAAAUGUUAGCUGCAUCCUCUUCCCUUGCAGUCCAAUAAUACAGGUCACUAAUUCGUGUGGAGAUAGAAUUCUUGGAGUCACCUUUGCCGGCACUAGCGCAAGUGCAAACAGUCUAAUAAAGGUUUCUUCCAUGGUUGUGAUGAAGUUCAGGACUUCUCACACUGUUUUGAUGGAUAUGAUGAGAAGAAUCGGGAGUUCGGAACAUCAGUGCGUUAUGUCGGGGCAUGUAGGUUCGGCUGGGGUUUUCUUUCUUUCUUUCUUUUUUUUUUUCGAUCAGUAAUCAUCAUAUUCUUAUGAGGACUUGCUAGACAAAGCAUUAUUGCAUUAUGAUAUUACCCAAAUAGUGUCUCAAGUAAAAAACAUAACCGCAUACUCGUACAAAAGAUUUGCUGUUGUGACACAAAGGACAAAAAUCAUUAGUAUACUGGUCGUUCUGAGCAUUCAAUCAAAAUGCUUGUCAUUCAUAUAAUUAGUAGAACCAUCGAGGAGCUUUAUUUUUGUUAAUUCUUAUGUGAUAAAGCAAUAAUUACAGGAGACUUUUAAAAGAUUGGUACUCAAAUUAGUGGACUGUCCUAUUGGAUGUGACCAUAUCUUCACUUUUUCCUUACACAGUUAAUUUUCUUUUG